CAAUAUUCAAUUUCUCCAUCCAUGUCAUCUCAAAGAAAUAUACCACUACAAUUAACAGUACUUUAUCAGCAAGGCUGCAGUUCAUUUCUAAUUGAAACCAAUAUGAAAGCCAUAGUUAUCAUCAUUCUGAAACUCUACUUUGUCAAAACUAUCAUCGCUCUGAAACUCUACCUCACUAAAAUAUUAAUAGAAAUCGCUCUUUUAACAACUAUGGUGCAAAGUCUGAUUAAUAAAGUAAGAAUAUUAAAAGCUGAUAAAUCAACUACACCGAAAGAUCAUUUAGUACAUGUUGUGGAUGAUGAUAAUCAAACAACCUAUAAAAACGAACCUAAUAAAGCACCUGAAAAUAUCAACUCUACUAAUGUAUCUGAAAAUAACGAAACUACCAAAAUACCACCCCACAAUACUGAUAUGACUGAAACUACUACAAAUAAGACAAGGAUAAGUAAAAGAAGCAAAAUAUUUGUGAGAGAAAUCGAAAAAAGCCCUCA